AUGUUCAUAUCUCAGUUGGUACUGUCGCUCGCGAUCCUGGCCUCGACGGCCGGGACCUACGCCGGCCUGCGCAACCCCAACCCCGAACCCGCUCAGAAGCCUAGCGUCUCAGAGCGUGGACAGCCGAGGCAUGCAGACUCUAUCCGCUGGAUGAACCUUACCCACCGACACACUCCAAAGGUCAUCCUUCUCCCGCUGGUUCUUCUAUCCCUCCACCUCGCGGCCCUCGCCUUCUACUACCCGGACAUCCCGCCGGCCGCCCUCCGUCACGGCGCCGAGAACGGCCUCAGCGCCUCCCUGAUGACCUGGUCAUGCUCGACAUUCCUGCCGCUGGCCCUGAUCUUCUUCGCAGGCAUUCCGCUCCGCCUCGGGCCUUACCGGUCGCUGGGGAAGAACUUCACCUUCCAGCUCUCGAAGCCGGACCAGCUCAAGACCACGGGGAUCUAUGCUCACGUGCAGCAUCCGAGCUACACGGGCGUUAUGGUCUUGGUGCUGUCGAACGUUGCUCUGCUAGCUAGGCUUGACGGCGUUUUGAGCUGCUGGAUCCCGCCUACGGUGCAUCAGAGUCUGAGGGCCAUUGAGUGGGUUCUAGGUCCUGCAGCCUGCUCGGUGUUUCUAUUUGGUGUGUGGACAAGAGUCCGGGAGGAGGAGCGCAUGCUGAGAGCGGAGUUCGGGGAGAAGUGGGAACGAUGGCAUGCUUCGACGGCGCGGUUCGUUCCCUACGUUUUUUAA